AUCAUAUUCAAGGAAAAGAAAAAAGUUUUGCAAUCUUGAAUUUGUCUUUGUUAUAGUGUGAGAGAAAAUGGGUAUUCAUCUACCACAGAUAGUUCUUAAUGCCAAGCAAAUUAUUCAUAGGAGGUCUUUUAAUGUUCCGAAAGGCCAUUUCGCGAUAUAUGUAGGAGAGGAAGAGAAGAAUAAGAAACGUUUUGUGGUUCCAAUCUCUUAUUUGAAGCAUCCUUUGUUCCAAGAGAUGUUGAGUAAGGCAGCAGAAGAGUUUGGUUUCGAUCAUCAAAUGGGAGGUCUUACAAUUCCAUGUGCUGAAGAGGAUUUUAUUAAUCUCACUUCUCGUUUAAAUAGCUCGAGGAGCUAAUGUGAUUUAAUUUCUUCAAUUGUACUAAUUUUUUCAUUUUCUUUUAAAGAUUUGUUAGAUAUAUAGGUAUGUAAUUAUCUGUCUUCACAAUUAUUGGUGGAUACAAGCAUGAGAACAUUACAUGCAUAUAAU